GGGGACGACGACACGCACACACGCAGAGAGAGAGGACGACUUUUUUAAAGCUUCUAACUUUUGAUAUCUUUUGGGGAAUGUAGUAAGAAGCCAAUUCAGAGGAGAGAAGAGUGGGGAGGUUCAUGUCAGCAGAGUCCAACAGGACUGAACACUGAACAGGAGAGUGAGGUGGUUGAUGUCACCAGAGAUCAACAGGCCUCGAAACCGAACAGACAUGAUGGACCGGUGGUGGGUGUGGCAGUUUGCCCUGGUCACCCUGGCAACCGUUUACCUCAGCCCCUCCCACGGCAAAAGCACAGAGUUCUUCUCUGACACUGUGAUCAACAACGUGGUGGCCAAUCCUCGUACGGGCCGACUGUACGUCGGCGCCGUCAACGCCCUCUACCAGUUGAACCCUGACCUCCGAAUCGAGUCCCGCACCGAGACGGGACCCAAACGGGACAACAGACAGUGCACGCCGCCCGUCACCGACGCCUGCGAGGAGGCCAAGGACACGGACAACCACAACAAGCUGCUGCUGGUCCACGGGGCCAAAGACGUGCUGGUGGUCUGCGGCAGCGUCUUCAGGGGCAUCUGCUCGCUGAGGAACCUGAGCAACGUGGAGCAGCGGCUGUACUUCAGCGACACCAAAGGAGAGAAGUCGUACGUGGCGAGCGCCGAGGAGAGCGUCUCUGUGGUGGGAGUGAUGUCAUACUUCACCAAGGAUAAAGACAACUUCACCGUGUUCCUGGUUGGUAAGGGGUACGGCAGCCAUGACAGCACCAAGCUGAUCUCCACCCGUAUCCUCCAGGACUAUGGUGACUGGGUGGUUUUCGACAGCAUCAUCGAGGCCUCGGCGGUCCAGGCCAACCCGUUUGUGCUGCGGUACCUCCACGACUUCCGCUUCGCCUUCAAAGACGGCGGCUUCGUGUACUUCCUGUUCUCGCGGACGCUGGGGGUGCAGGACACCAAGAACUUCACCUUCAUCUCCAGGAUGUGCGAGGACGAUCAGGGGUAUUACUCCUACACCGAGCUGCAGCUCAACUGCAGCGCUACCAACAAGUACAACAAAGCUCAGGCUGCCUACGUAGCGACACCAGGUGAAGCUUUGGCUAAGAGUAUGACCAGUUCGGGCCAGCAUGGACCAGUUUCAGCCCAUGACAAGGUGCUGUUUGUCACCUUCACCUCUGAUGAAGACUCAUCUACUUCAGCCAUGUGUAUGUACCCUCUGCGCUCUGUUAAUAAGAGGCUGGUGGAAAUAAUAGGAGCCUGUUACAGCAACAACGGCAUCAUUAACGAGAAGGCUGCCGUCUACUCGCCUUACUCCUCCAAGUCUGAAGAGCUGUGCAGCAGCAAUAACCAGAACAACAUGGCCAUCAGAUACAACUGCGGAGCCGAGUUCCUGCCCUCCCCACUGGCCAGCAAGGCCGAGUUCGCCUUAACAUCAGAGCCCUCAUUGGUCCAUAAGGGUCACAUGACGGCUGUGGCUGUGGCCGUGGAAAUGGGGCACGCUGUGGCGUUCCUGGGCACCGCCACUGGAGAGGUGCUGAAGGUGCAUCUGUCGGCCCGUCCCGAGGUCUACGGGCGAGCGCUGGGCGAAGUCACGGCGAGCAAGGUCAACAAGAACCUGCUGUUCGAUUCCAGCCUCCAACACGUGUACAUCGCCAACGAGAAAAAGAUCACCAAGGUUCCAGUCCAGGCCUGCCACCUGAAGACAGACUGCCACUCCUGUGUCUCCAUGAAGGAUCCGUACUGUGGCUGGUGUGUCCUGGAGGGAAAGUGCACCAGGAAGCAGGAGUGUAGCAGGUCGACGGAGGAGAACACCUGGCUGUGGUCACCCAACCAGCAGUGCGUUCAGAUCCAGGCCUUCAACCCGCCGAACCUCAGCUGCAAGAAGACCCGGCAGGUUGACAUCAGCGUACCCACCCUCCCCAGGGUCAGGCCGCCCGACACCCUGUACUGUGUUUUCGGCUCCGUCGUGAGCGGGGCCGUGAUGAGCGUUGACGGUCAGGUGCUGGUCACCUGUUCGCUGCCCAGCCCCGCGGAAAUCCCACCCACUCCCGACCGGCAGGACUAUGUGUCUGUCCCAGUCAAGAUUCUGGUAAACAACAAAAUCGAGGUGACGUCUGGAGAGUAUCACUUCUACAACUGUGCUGCUACAGUCAGGAAGAACCAAAACGCACCGUGUAUAGCGUGUGUGACCAGUGAAUGGGGAUGUCAGUGGAACGCUCAGGAUCACAGCUGCAGUGACAGCGACGAUCUCAUAGGUGGAGAUCACAUCGUCAAACCACGACAGCCUGACAGUUGUCCUCAGUUUGAGUCUCCGGAGCCGCUGUUGAUCCCCGUGGGCUUCAAGAUCCCCAUCAGCUUCCAGGGAAGAAACCUGGACAUCUACAUGGGUCGGAGGUUCGCCAUCGGCACUGAGCUGAUGAAGCACACGGAGGAGGACGUCACACAGGAGCAGGGGUCAAAGUUCAAAUUCAAAGGUUAUGAGUUUGCCUAUGACAAGGAGCAGGAGGUGAACGUGUCCUUCCAUAUCAAAGACAGAGACACUGAGAGGAAGAUUGACAGCACCCUGACAGUGGUGCUGUAUAACUGCUCAGUGGGAAGAGAAGACUGCAGUCUGUGCAAACACGCCGACGCCAAGUACCAGUGUGUUUGGUGCGCCGCCUCGCGCACCUGUGUUUACCGGGAACUCUGCUCGUCGCCGCAGCCCGCGCAGUGCCCCAACCCUCAGAUCACUGAUAUCAUCCCUCGCUUCGGUCCUCUGAACGGUCGGAUCUCGGUGACCAUCAAAGGCUCCAACAUGGGGAUAAAGAAGGAGGACAUCAAGAAGAUCACAGUGGCCGGAGUGGAGUGUGUUCACCAGGAGGAAAGAUACUCCGUCUCUACCAGCGUGGUGUGCGAGAUCGGCCCGGCGAGGCGGGUUCCACCGUUCGACCUUCCCGUUGAACCUCCCAACAGCGGAGCAGUGCAGAUAGAGGUGGAGGGCGGGAGAAGUGGGACAUCGCAGGUCAUUUUCACCUAUCGGGAUCCCAAGCCGGUCGCCGUCCACCCAGGGAAGGGCCCAGCGGCUGGAGGAACCGUGAUCACCAUCACCGGAAAAGACCUGGACACGGCGACCAAAGACGACGUCAGCGUCACCGUGGGGGGGGCUCCCUGUGAAGUCCUGUCGUUCGGCACACAGAUCACCUGCAUGACCGGCAAGAACCGGGGGCAGAAGGUGCCCUCAGACCUGUUAACAGUGACGGUGAAAUAUGGAAAAAACACCACCAAAGAAAUCCAAGAAGCGUUCCAGUACUCUGAUAACCCCAAGAUCAUAGAUUAUAACCCUAAAGCCAGCUUCGUAUGUGGUGGUCGAAGGAUUGUGGUGGUGGGAAGUGGUUUUGAUCUGAUCCAGAGAGCGAAGAUGAGAGUCCAGGCCACUUCUGAGCAGGUUCCACAGGCCAGCGCUCCUGUAGAGUUUGUCCAGGAAACUCUGAGCAAGAACGACACCGUGCUGCAGUUUUACUCUCCGUCGGUGAACAGCUCCCUCGACGCCCAGUCUCUCAGGACGAUUCUGCAGCUGGACAACAUGACGGAGGAACUGGAGAACUUCGUCUAUCACCCCGACCCCAGCUUCAACGAGCUCGCCAAGAACGUCAUCACCGAGACCAGCAUCAUCAUCGUGACUGGUCGAGGGUUCUCCAAGGCCAUGACCGCCAAAGAGGCCCAGGCGUUUGUUGGAGAUGCCUCCUGUCACGUUAACAUACUGCAGGACGAUAAGCUGAUCCUGGAGGCGCCUUCAUCGCAGCCCCGAGCCAGGUCCAAACGCCUCCGCAGAGACACAACCAACGACCUGCUGGAGCUAGUGGUGAAGUUUGGUCACGGCGAGUGGAUAGUGGGUUCGGUCUACUACGCCAGGAAAGACGACAUUCCCCUGGCUAUAAUCAUCCCUGCGGUUAUCGUACCGAUGCUGCUCUUCAUCGCCGUCUCCGUCUACUGCUACAGGAGGAAGAGUCAGCAGGCAGAACGGGAAUACGAGAAGGUCAAACACCAACUGGAGAAUCUGGAGGAAAGCGUCCGAGAUCGCUGCAAGAAAGAGUUCACAGAUCUGAUGAUUGAAAUGGAGGACCACACCAACGACCUGAGUGAGGCCCGGAUGCCCUUCCUGGACUACAAAACCUACACCGACCGAAACUUCUUCCUGCCCUCCAAGGACGGCGCCAACGACACCAUGAUCACAGGAAAAAUACAAAUCCCAGAGGCCCGCAGGGCCAUCGUGGCUCAGGCGCUCAACCAGUUCUCCAACCUGCUGAACAGUAAAACCUUUCUCAUCAACUUCAUCCACACGCUGGAGAGUCGCCCGGACUUCAACGCCCGGGCUCGGGGCUAUUUUGCCUCCCUGCUGACGGUGGCGCUGCACGGAAAGCUGGAGUAUUACACGGACAUCAUGAGGACGCUGCUGCUGGAGCUGAUGGACGAACACGUGCAGAGCAAAAACCCCAAACUCAUGCUCAGGAGGUCAGAGACGGUGGUGGAGAGGAUGCUUUGUAACUGGAUGUCCAUCUGUCUCUAUCAGUUCCUCCGGGACACGGCAGGAGAGCCCUUAUACAAACUGUUCAAGGCCCUGAAGCACCAGGUGGAGAAGGGGCCAGUGGACGCCAAAAUGAAGAAAGCCAAAUACACGCUGAACGACACGGGACUGCUGGGGGACGACGUCGAGUACUCUGUGCUGACUCUGCAGGUGCUGGUGCACGGCGAGGGACCAGAUGUGACUCCGGUCAAGGUGUUGAACUGUGACACCGUCUCCCAGGUGAAAGAGAAGAUCAUCGAUCAGGUCUACAGGAACCUGCCGUACUCACAGAGGCCGAAGGUGGACAGUGUUGCCCUGGAGUGGCGUCCUGGCUCCACGGGUCAGAUCCUGUCCGACCUCGACCUGACCUCCCAGAAGGAGGGACGCUGGAAGAGACUCAACACACUGGCUCAUUACAACGUUCGGGAUAACGCCACAUUGGUUCUGUCCAGAGUUUUGCACACACAGUCUUUCCACCAGCACCAGGACAGCUAUGAAGAGAAAAACGCCCUGCUGGAGGACGACAACACCUUCCACCUGGUGAGACCGGCCGAUGAAAUCGAUGAAGUGAAGUCAAAGAGAGGCAGCAUGAAGGACAAGGCGAUGACCAAAGCCAUCACUGAGAUCUACCUGACCAGGCUGCUCUCUGUCAAGGGCACUUUGCAGCAGUUUGUGGAUGAUUUCUUCCGCAGUGUGUUGUGCUCGAGCUCCGUCGUCCCUCCUGCCGUCAAAUACUUCUUUGACUUCCUGGACGAGCAGGCGCAGAGACAUGACAACGUGGACGAGGAGACGCUGCACAUCUGGAAGACCAACAGCCUGCCCAUGCGGUUUUGGGUGAACAUCCUGAGGAACCCCCACUUCAUCUUCGACGUCCACGUGACGGAGGUGGUGGACGCGUCGCUGCACGUCAUCUCUCAGACCUUCAUGGACGCCUGCACCAAGACGGAGCACAAACUCAGCAGAGAGUCUCCCAGCAACAAGCUGCUUUAUGCAAAAGAGAUUUCCACAUACAAGAAGAUGGUGGACGAUUACUACAAGGGCAUCAGACAGAUGGUUCCAGUCAGUGACCAGGACAUGAAUACACACCUUGCUGAGGUGUCCAGGCAACACACAGACAAGCUGAACACCCAGGUGGCCUUACAUCAACUGUACCAGUAUGCCAGCAAGUACUAUGAUGUGAUCAUCCAGUCGCUGGACGAGGACCCAGCGGCCCAGAAUAAACAGCUCACCCUCCGUCUCCAACAGAUUGCUGCCGCCCUGGAGAACAAGGUCACUGACCUUUGACCUCUGACCUCAUGGAGAGGGGGUCAGGGUGAGGAGCUAACAGCUACUAAAACGCAGGACGUUGUUUUCCAUUUAAGGACUCAAAAGAGGACGAGCUUGCAGACUCUACUGAAUGUUUGAACAUGUAAGGAACUGAAGUGGGAGGGCCUAGUGGAGCCACAGGAAACUGUUGACCAUGUAAGUACCGAAUGGGAAGAGCUAUGGGACUCCGGGAGCGGUGAGGAGUGGAGAGUUUGGACAAACGAAUGGUUAAAAUACGCUCAGACUGGCGGAAACCGAAUAGCUCUACUGCAGUUGUGUGGCACACUUCCACUUGGCAAGGAGGGAUGUGAAAUGGCGACCGUAACAUGGCUGCAGAUGGGAGCUCUGUAAAAUCAAAGGGUUAUUUUUAUAAUGGUAGCUAGGGCAUUUGGUUUGUGUAAUCCUCUGACCUAGGUGGAUAAUGUUUCUGUGUUCGGCUUCUCUACACCACAAAUCUUAUUUUUAGCAAACAACUGAAGAAAAAAAGUGCUACGCAAGGAAUGAAGAUUGAAGAUUUUGGACCAUUGAAGU